AUCGUUAGGUGCAGUAGUCAUACUGCGCCAUUCUUCAAACGGCUGCUUGCUUGUCCAAGCGAUAUUCCUUGAUCCGUCUGGAGUGACCAGGUUGUUACUGAGCAGGUGGCUUUAAGCGCAUCCUCAGCAAUUCUCAUAUCCGUCUUGUUCUUCUACAUUACGAUACAGAGUCAACGAGUGCCUGCAAAGACAAUAAGCGAGAAGUAGGAAGAGCCUCCAGCGUCCGUCCAGCGGCCUGUAAUACACCAUGGGUCGCAAAUUCGCGGGUCACGCAUUCCCCGGAAGCUUCUUCAUCCUUUUCGGAACAUGGUGGACCUUUGCAGUGUGGCGCAACUACAUCCGCAGCAGGCAGAACAAGCAACCAUACGUAUGUCAUUGCACGUACGCGGUGCCCUGUCUUCCGAGGAAAAUCAGCGUCGAAGGCAUUGUCAAGGUCAUCAGCUCCUGCGCGUGCAUUGCCGUUGAGUACCACGUAGCCUUCGGACGCGGCCCCCGGGUGUUAGCGGAGAGUGUCACCCACCAGAGCAUGAUCCUGUUCUUCCUGCUCAACGGAGUCGUGGACCUCAUGUACAACGCCGGGUUCCCUUUCCCGCCGAACACGGACUACGUGGUGCUGCUGCUCGCCUGUGCCUCCGAGGGCCAACUGUUCCACUCACACCUAGUUGGCAGUCCGGAACUCAACGUCAUCGUGCACACGCUCUUGGUGUACAGCAUGGUCGCAAUGGUGGUCUGCAUCGCAGCCGAGAUGUGUCAACCUCGAAGCGUCCUGCUGUCCCUGGGUCGAGCGUACUUUUGCCUACUGCAUGGGACGUGGCUGUGGCAGAUCGCCUUCAUCCUCCACAAUCCGCUGCCCGGAUACAAACCCUGGGACGUUAACAGCCACAAGGACUCGAUGUUGGCCGCCAGCAUAUUUUCGUGGCACAUGAUGGUUCUUGUGGUCUACGUUGGCACGUUGGGAGCUGUGGCAUGGGCGGUGAACCGAACGUGCGGCUCGCGCUGCGAAGACAUCGCCUCCGAGGAUGCAGAGGAGGACGGUGCCCUCUGUGAAGCGCUUAUAAGGCGUGGCAUGUGAAGGUGACCGAAAUGCGCUCCUGAAUGUGCUUGUGGGCGAUACGGCGGGUCAACGAAAAUUUUCAAGCUAAGUAGUUACAGCAGCGGAGACAUUGGCAUAUCCUGGACUUUUCCGUGCGAGCCCCAUGAGGGAAGAAGUGUGGCAUGUGUUACGCUCUUUAACAACAAAAGUCGAAAACAUCGCUGGGCUCAUAUAGGACAAGAUGAACCGCAAUGAGGACUACGUAUGUCUGGCAUUAAAGUGGAAACUAAGUGCAAGAUGGAAGCUUGAAGAGAUGAGAAAUCCUUGGAACACGGGGUGUUGUCGGAGACAACGUCUCGACAAGCGGACUUGUCUUCUUCGAGAAGCCGCCUUGAAGAAGACAAGUCGGCUUGUCGAAACGUUGGCUUCAUCGACGCCGCCAAUUCCAAGGAUUUUUCAUGGCAUUAAAGUGCACCCUUUGAACGCCUUUUGACGGCCCCUUUUCGUGUUGUGCGUAACUUGAUGUUUUCCGCUUCUCGAGCCCGUCGCUGUUUCGCUUCUCACUUCCGCAAUACAGUCUAGUGAAUACAAUUCAAUCAAAAGGGUCAAUAAAGAAAAAAACUUUGGUUGUCGGGAU